GGUGAGAAACGUGCUCGUCACCCUCGAAGAGCGCCUCGAGAGACUCAGUAAGCGCCGCGAGUUCGCCGUGGCCGGAAAUCUAUCGUGGCGUUCUUGUUCGUGUUUCAUGGCUUUCGGCCUCUGACGCGCCACUUCUCGACUCUGUCGCUCCUACGAGUGCGUACGUCGAGCUUAGAAAUAUCGUUAUUUAUCAUUCGAAUACCUUCGAUACAUGUAACACGCCGGAAAUUGCUAACAGAUCGAACUGCGAUAUAUCAAAGUUUAGUGCAAGAGUCGAGUCGCGUUUCGUGUAAGAAAGUUGAACGAGGUCUGGUUCCUUGGUGAUACAAAAGGAUUUCGUUCCGGAUGGUGCGCAAAGGAAGAAACAGUCGUGACCAGACUGGUUGCUUUGUCUGUUAAGAUCCGUAGAAAUUCGACACACGGUAAAAGCAAUUACGUUAAGAGGUCCCUGAGUCGGGAGCAGUGUGUCUCGAGAGACGAUUCGGUCUCUCAUCCCUCGCUCCUUGCGGCAAGCUUGCAAAGGAUCGCGGGACAGUUUGUGGUUAGCUGACGUCAUCAAGAACAAACAAGCAGAUCGAAGAUCCGCAGGAAGAGAGAUAUUAUAUAUCUGUGUUGAGAGACAAAGAGCCGCCUAGGAGUCGUUGUCCCAACAGAGGGAAAAUUAGAAAAGGGAAUAUCAGUUGCUAGAAACGUACGGAGGAGACAGAAAAGGAGAGAGAUUUCAUCUGGAGAAGUCUGAAUUCCUGUCGGAGCUUCGUUCUAUUCGAUGACGAUUUAAAGUUUUUUUUUUCUAAUUAACUGUAAUUGUUCGUUUUGACUCUCCUCUCGAUCAUCGAGUUGAAAUCAAUCCGAGUUGAUUGCUGAUAUUUUCCAUUUGGAUAGUAACGGCGUGAACAUCUAGAACUCCCACGGAGUUCUCGUGCAAGAUGAUAACAAGUGUCAGGAUCGCGAUGAACGUCCGCCUGUCCCUGGUCGACUGAUCGCCAGAGACAGUUCGAGAAAGAGGGAGACGAGGCUUUUUCCAUCAACUAGAUUGAAAAACGAUGUCCGACAGAAGCAAGUGAGGAUCCCUUUUUUGCGUGUCCCCCUUUUUUUCGGUAAUCUCUACUCGACGGAAGAAGAUGUGCCUGCGACACUUGCUGCUCUGCCUGUUGGGCGUCAUCGUCAUCGUCAACGAAUCCGAGGCCAGUUGGGACGAAUGGUGGACCUACGACGGAAUUUCAGGACCUUCGUUUUGGGGUCUGAUAAACCCCCAGUGGUAUUUGUGCAGCAAAGGAAGACGACAGAGUCCUAUCAACAUCGAGCCUGACAAGCUUCUCUUCGACCGCCACUUGAGACCAGUGUCGGUCGACAAACACAAGGUUUCCGGGCAUUUAUACAACACCGGUCAGUUCCUGGUAUUCAGAGCGGAUCGGGAAGCGAAAGUGCGAGUCAAUAUAACAGGUGGCCCACUCGCCUAUCAUUAUCAAUUCGAGGAGAUCUACAUACACUAUGGAAUGGAUAACGAUUACGGAUCGGAGCAUCGCAUUAACAACUACGCUUUUCCUGCAGAGAUACAAGUGUACGGGUUCAACGCGGAACUGUAUCACAAUAUGAGCGAGGCGCAACACAAAAGUCAAGGCCUGGUCGCGAUCUCGUUGAUGGUACAGAUCGGCGAGACGCUGCACCCGGAGCUUCAGAUCAUAACGAGCGUGUUCAACAAAGUUAAGUACCGCGGCGAUUUUGCGCCCGUACGUCAUCUGUCUUUGAAGAGCCUCCUUCCAAACACGAACGAUUACAUGACUUACGAGGGCAGCACGACUCAUCCAGGCUGUUGGGAAACAGCAGUAUGGCUGAUCCUCAACAAACCUAUUUACGUAACAGCACGAGAGCUUUACGCACUAAGGCAACUAAUGCAAGGUCCGUCGACCACCCCGAAAGCACCCCUGGGAAACAAUUCGAGGCCGCUGCAGGAUCUUCAUUACAGGACUAUACGGACAAACAUCGAUUUUCACAAGCGACCGGAUGCGAAGUGUCCAUCGAUGGCUCAGGACAUGCACUAUAGAGAUGACUUUUUCUUUCCAGCGAACACGUGGCAGGACGAUGGCUCCCUCUCGCACAACGGCGUCGUCUGAAUCGCGGCCGUCAUACAAACCAGAGACGUUUUCGGCUUUCAAUGCGACAGGUUCACGCGAACAUUUCGUAAUAGGCAUGCAAAAAGAAAAAGACCACUGUGUACAGGCUUGACAAGGUCACGGUUCAGGGAACUCGAUUCGUCCAAAUGGCAGACAAAACUCUGCAGAUCUUUCUUAUUUUCGUUACGAAACGAACAAAUGAAAAAAGAUCAUCGAGAAACUUUCAUUUCAUUGCAUUUGUUAUAAUUUGAAAUUCGAACAUUUUUUAAUUCCAUUUCUGUGUUAUUGAAGGAAAUGUCAAAUAUUCGAAUCUUUUCCAUUUGAACUCGAAGAUCUUCUUUGGAAAUCUAUUUAACGAACCGAUAAAAGAUUUCUUUCCGGAAGCUUUAAAGCGAUUCAAUUCAAUCGAUAGACGUGACAUUCAAAAAUGUCAAAAGUCAAAUUUCGAAAAGAAGAUUGCAGAAGAAUCGGUUGUUCUAACUUGUACGUCAGAAUGACAUGUUGACAUCUUAACUGAAUAGAUAUUCUAACUAAAAGUAUUGCUGCAGGAACUAACGAACUACGUGAAUUUCGAUUAAUUUCAUUGAAAAUUGAUUCGUCCAAUGAUAGUACACGUUCGGUGGGAUCUCUCCCUAAGAGAAACGAAAUCGCAAACCAGUUUGAUACUUGGAAGCUAAAUUUACGCGCUGAUAAUCGCCAAUAGAUGCGAUAAUUAAAACGAAGAAACGAUCGAUAAAGAUUUACUGUAUUUCGACGUGGCACCGAUUUUCGUCGAUUCCGAGCAGCUGCAUCCACAAUUCGAAGGUGUGGAAGAAGAUUCACGAGCUAUCGGGGACGGGCACAGGGGUUCCUCGAGUUAUCGCGGCCGAACCGAUUUUGACGGGGAUGAUAAGUGUGUUGGAGCGCGGCUGGAAUUUGUAUUUGUCGCCUGAACACCUUCCGGAAAUCGUUCCUGUCGUUCGUUGGCGAAAAAGGGGAGGCAAGCGCUCGAAAUCGAGGCGAACGUACCAAGAGAUGGGAAUAUUUCGUGGAACGUUCGCCUGAACCAGUGUCCAAUGCCCUAAUUGAUCGUGUUUCUCGUGAAUUUCGAAAAUAGCGAGUUAAUUAGGAAAUAUCUCUCUGUUCAUGAUUGUGAAUCAAUAAUUGACGAUUUAAUAAUUCACGACGAAGAUGUAUGAUUUGAGGUGAAAUUGCAAAUUCAUUACGAUUCUGGGAAUUCAGGAUGAAUUAUUAAAAAUAAGGGAAAUUUGGAGAAGUUUGUACGUGUAGAAGAAUGAUAGCAGGUUUGUAUGUAAACGCGAUCGCUUUGUAAUAAUUCGUUGUGGAAGUCGACGCGAAAUUUGUCAGGUGUGUAAAUUGAUUCGGUGUAUUUUUUAAAAUCGUCGAAAUAGUUGUUGCACAAGUAUUGCGCAAGAGAGCCUAAGUCGUGCGUUCUCGUGAAACGAAACUGCUUUAAGUAAUGUUUCUCCCGAUACACUGUCCAUUAACAUUUUAUAUCUUUCCAGGUGUUUCGUUAUAGCGAAAAGAAAAAAAAAAGAAAAAAGCAAGAGUCGUGUAGAUGAUAUUUUCGUAGAAAGUAUCACAAAACGAACGAAUAUUUGAUCAAAGUAUUUAAUUGAAAAAGUUAAUAGAGUUAAAGCAUCAAACUAAUUUACACAUCGAAUAAAAUUUCACUGGAAUAUUCAAUAGAGAGUUCUAGGAAUUGAUUGAAAGAAAUCUCAUGGUAGUCGAUACGUUGAACUACAAAUAAAAACACUCGCCAUAAUUGUAUGUCUAAAGCAAACAUCAUUUCGUAAAUUGUCGAGAAGAACAAAUUUUAUUCGUAAUUUGUAUAAUGUAAGUGAUCGUAAAACUUCGCCAAAGAGUGACCAUUGUCCUUUCUGCGAUAUUUUUUUAUUUACUAAACCAGAGAACAAUCGUGUGCCUGUCGCUGCUAACAGAAGAAUCGUGCUCGUUCCGCUCUCGAAUAAAAACCACCCUCUAGAAAAGAAACAGAAGGGAAAAAAGGGACAGAGAACAAAAAUAAUAAUUAUAAUCCGGCCAUUGGCCGGGCACCAAACGACACUUGAAAACGAGGGGAUGGAAUUGUUGACUUACUUGACAGGUUUUUGUCAAUUAUUUUAUAACCAAUAUACGUAAACGUGACGCUAAACGUACGACGAAUAGAAACGUGUCAAAGUAAGAAAAUUUCGAAAUAGAUGAAGAGGAUGAUAAAACGAUCGAAUGUUCACGAUUUCUCUGAGCGGAACGAGCGAUUCGACGAAUAAAAAAAUAGGUUUGGAUGUUUGGAGGAUGAGAGUGGAAACUUAAAGAACGAUAAAAAGAGGAGAAAGAGGAGUGAUAUGAAAUUAGAGUCGCGUGCUAGACCAACCGCAAUCGCGAGAGGAAUAAAAAUUGGAUUGUUCAUAGCUUAGCCGAAUGGACGAAUGAUCCAGCGCUUUUGUAUAUAAAUACAGAUACUAAGAAACCGUAAGAAAAGGAACUACUAUUAAAAAUAGGUGUAAGCAGAUUAAGAGGACACUUAGAGGGAGGCUGGAGGAGGAUGUGUAUAGAAACCUAACGUUGUAUCAUACGAAAGUGAACGUUUAACGAUUGUGGUUAAUGAAUAACGAUAACAAUAAACGCAACGUUAUAUUGUA